GCCUUUCAAGCCCGGAAGAGGAUCCCUCAGAGGUGUUGCCCGGCGUCUCUCCGUGACCUUGGAAGCCCUGCUCCAAUUAUGCCUCCUCCGGGACACCGGCCUGCGGAGCGCUCCCCCUCGCUCCCUCGCUGCUCCUGCCCAGAGCCAGCCUUUGAUCCGCUCCGGCCACUCUUCCGCCCGAACCUGGCUUGCGUUACCGCGAAUUGUGGCGGGGCCCUCCCUGCACCUCCGCCCUCUUGGAGCGUCCCUCGGGGCAGGGCCGGGUCGGCUUCAUUUUUCUGAGCGCCUCGGAGUCCCCGCGUAGUUAGUCGGAGUCUGCAACUUGCACGUCCCCACCCCCAUUUUGUUACUCAGCCAGUCACCGCUUCCUGCUGGCCCCCUUUCCCCCUCCCAACGCCCUCAAAUCCCUCCUUUCCUGUCCGCCUGUGUGUAGAUCAGGCUCUUUAUCUGUGACCUCCACCCGGACGGUGACAGGCAAUUCGGAUUUAUGUCCAGAGCCUUGGUUCCCCUUCCCCCAAACCUUUUUUCCCUCUGUAAAGGACACGCCAGGAACCUGGAAGUCCUUGAUUCUACGUGUCCUCCUGCAAGUCCCGUAAACUCUACUCCAAUGUGCUGACUAUUCCAGAAUGUGCCCCUUUUUCUCCAUCUCCAGCGCUAACACUCCGUCCCAGCUCCCAUCACCUCUCCUGAACUUCCCCAGUGUCUACUCGGCCCUUUAAUUAAUUAAUUCUCCGUAAAGCACCUGGAGUGAUUUUUGCAAAACACUGCAUUAUCUGAGCCGAGGUCUCGGCUCAAAUGUUACCUCCUCAGUGAGGCCUUCCCUGAUCACCCUAACUAAAAUAACCACCUCUGGCUGAGUGUGGUGGCUUAUGCCUAUAAUGCUAGCACUUUAGGAGGCCGAUGGCAGGAGGAUCACUUGAGCCUAGGAGUUCGAGACCAGCCUGGACAACAUAACGGAGUCUAUGUGCCCAGCACUGUUCUGGGGCACUUGCAAUUAGUGGUGAACAACACGGUCUCUGCUCCAAGGGGCUCACAUUCUUGUGCAGAAAACAGAAAUGAACAAAUAAACACACAAGAUCAUUUCCCAUGGUGGUGAGAGCUGGGAUGAAAAUAAACCAGCAUGGCAGGGAGGAGGCAAGUGUUGUGAGUCUGGAGGGUUCCUGGAGAAUGGGGCCUGAGGCGUGACCACCCCCUUCCUCUCUGGGGGGACUGCCUGCCGCCCCCGCAGACACCCAUGGUUGAGUGCCCUCCAGGCCCCUGCCUGCCCCAGCAUCCCCUGCGCGAAGCUGGGUGCCCCGGAGAGUCUGACCACCAUGCCACCUCCUCGCCUCCUCUUCUUCCUCCUCUUCCUCACCCCCAUGGAAGUCAGGCCCGAGGAACCUCUAGUGGUGAAGGUGGAAGAGGGAGAUAACGCUGUGCUGCAGUGCCUCAAGGGGACCUCAGAUGGCCCCACUCAGCAGCUGACUUGGUUUCGGGAGUCCCCGUUUAAACCCUUCUUAAAACUCAGCCUGGGGCUGCCAGGCCUGGGAAUCCACAUGAGGCCCCUGGCCAUCUGGCUUUUCAUCUUCAACGUCUCUCAACAGAUGGGGGGCUUCUACCUGUGCCAGCAGGGGCCCCCCUCUGAGAAGGCCUGGCAGCCUGGCUGGACAGUCAGUGUGGAGGGCAGCGGGGAGCUGUUCCGGUGGAAUGUUUCGGACCUAGGUGGCCUGGGCUGUGGCCUGAAGAACAGGUCCUCAGAGGGCCCCAGCUCCCCUUCCGGGAAGCUCAGGAGCCCCAAGCUGUAUGUGUGGGCCAAAGACCGCCCUAAGAUCUGGGAGGGAGAGCCUCCAUGUGGCCCACCAAGGGACAGCCUGAACCAGAGCCUCAGCCAGGACCUCACCAUGGCCCCUGGCUCCACACUCUGGCUGUCCUGUGGGGUACCCCCUGACUCUGUGUCCAGGGGCCCCCUCUCCUGGACCCAUGUGCACCCCGAGGGGCGUAAGUCCUCAUUGCUGAGCCUAGAGCUGAAGGACGAUCGCCCGGCCAGAGAUAUGUGGGUAAUGGAGACGGGUCUGUUGUUGCCCCGGGCCACAGCUCAGGACGCUGGAAAGUAUUAUUGUCACCGUGGCAACCUGACCAUGUCAUUCUACCUGGAGAUCACUGCUCGGCCAGUACUAUGGCACUGGCUGCUGAGGACUGGUGGCUGGAAGGUCUCAGCUGUGACUUUGGCUUAUCUGAUCUUCUGCCUGUGUUCCCUUGUGGGCAUUCUUCAUCUUCAAAGAGCCCUGGUCCUGAGGAGGAAAAGAAAGCGAAUGACUGACCCCACCAGGAGAUUCUUCAAAGUGACGCCUCCCCCAGGAAGCGGGCCCCAGAACCAGUACGGGAACGUGCUGUCUCUCCCCACACCCACCUCAGGCCUCGGACGCGCCCAGCGUUGGGCCGCAGGCCUGGGGGGCACUGCCCCGUCUUAUGGAAACCCGAGCAGCGACGUCCAGGCGGAUGGAGCCGUGGGGUCCCGGAGCCCGCCGGGAGUGGGCCCAGAAGAAGAGGAAGGGGAGGGCUAUGAGGAACCUGACAGUGAGGAGGGCUCCGAGUUCUAUGAGAACGACUCCAACCUUGGGCAGGACCAGCUCUCCCAGGAUGGCAGUGGCUAUGAGAACCCUGAGGAUGAGCCCCUGGGUCCUGAGGAUGAAGACUCCUUCUCCAACGCUGAGUCUUACGAGAACGAGGAUGAAGAGCUGACCCAGCCGGUCGCCAGGACAAUGGACUUCCUGAGCCCUCAUGGGUCAGCCUGGGACCCCAGCCGGGAAGCAACCUCCCUGGGGUCCCAGUCCUACGAGGAUAUGAGAGGAAUCCUGUAUGCAGCCCCCCAGCUCCGCUCCAUUCGGGGCCAGCCUGGACCCAAUCAUGAGGAAGAUGCAGACUCUUAUGAGAACAUGGAUAAUCCCGACGGGCCAGACCCAGCCUGGGGAGGAGGGGGCCGCAUGGGCACCUGGAGCACCAGGUGAUCCUCAGGUGGCCAGCCUGGAUCUCCUCAAGUCCCCAAGAUCCACACCUGACUCUGAAAUCUGAAGACCUCGAGCAGAUGAUGCCAACCUCUGGACCAAUGUUGCUUAGGAUGUGUGCAUGUGUGUAUAUGUGUGUGUGUGUGUAUAUACAUGCCAGUGACACUUCCAGUCCUUAAAUAAACUCAAUGAGCUCUUCCAAUCCUAUGAAGUAGUGCCAUUGU